AUGCAGGCCGUUAUCGUCUUGUUCGGCGCACUGGCACGUAGCGCUAACGCUCUGUCGCAGCGCCCGUUCGGUGUACUUGGACAGUACGCUAUAGGAACAUCUAAGGCAACAGACCCAUGGAUACCCUCGUGGACGGACUACAUUGAGGAUGUAAUGGAAAGAUGGUACGCGCCGGGAAUGGCGGUUGGAGUGAUCAACGGAAGCGAGACAUGGCUCAAAGGUUUCGGCAAGGCUUCUCUUGAGACCUCGGAGCCUGUGACGGCUCACACUCUUUUUUGCACGGGAAGCACAACAAAGUCUUUUACCGCGGCUAGCCUGUCACUCCUCAUCGAUAACUCUUCUGACUACUCCGACAUCUCAUGGGAGACGCCCAUCUCGCAUGUGUUGCGUGAAGAUUUUGUGCUCAGUGAUGAGUGGGCAACUGAGCACAUAACUUUCGAAGACGCCCUAUGCCACCGUACAGGCUACCCACGUCAUGAUCUCUCCAUCCUCAACUCUACGCGCCAGCUCAUCCGCAGCCUGCGGUACCUCCCGCUUUCCGCAGAGCCGCGCACAAAGCUCCAAUACAAUAACAUGAUGUACGCGACGGCAGGCUACGCCAUCGAGAAGCUCACGGGACUCAACCUCGCUUCCUUCUUCCACGAGCACCUCUGGGCGCCCAUGGGCAUGAACGAGACCUUUCUGGACAUCUAUGACCCACGCCUCGUGCACAGUGGGCUGACUGCGGCGCAGAGCUACUGGGCUGUGGGGAAUGGCGCAUACGUGCGGAACCCAAACCUCGACGGACGACUGGGCGCCGAUGCGGGCGCCGGGGCGGUCUACAGCAAUGUGGCCGAUUACACCAAGUACCUGCGCGUUAUGAUGGCCGAGACCGGUCCCAUCUCGGCGGCGGGCCACCGGGAGCUCAAGAGACCGCGCACGCUGAUGGGAUUCAACAGCGAGAUGUUCCUCGGCCCCACGACCGAGACGUAUGGCCUGGGCUGGAUGGGCGCUGUGUUCGAGGGCGAGCAGAUCUACUGGCACACGGGUACCGUGAGCACCUUCGUUACAUUUAUGCUGAUGGUGCCGGCGAGGGAGUACGGCAUCGUUGUGAUGGCCAACUCGAACUCCAAGGUGCGGGAGCUGGUCACGUACCGGGUGCUGUACGAUCUGUUUGGUGUCGAGCAGGAGAGACGGCCAGACCAUGAGGCACUAUACUUGAAGGAGGCCGAGCUUGUCCAGAGAGCCCUCGAUACAUGCCCUGACCGGCUUUAUCCAAACGUCCCCAACCCGCCACUACCGCCGUCACUCCCGCUGGCGGACCAUGCAGGAACCUACAGCCACCCAGCCUAUGGUGACCUGUUCGUUGCCACCGACUGCGAGGACGCAAGCAGCAACACAGUGGAUGAAGGCUGUUCGCUGCGUCUGCGGAGGGAUCGCGAUGCCCAACAGCUCGUCGUGGGCAAAUUGCAGCACAAGUCGGGCGAUUUUUGGCUUACCUAUGCCGCUCUGGAGGAGCUGCCCGAUUUGUUCGCGCUAAUGAUCGCGCGUGAAUCAUAUCGAUUUUCGAGGUCCAGUGCAGCCGGCAAGUCCAUUAUUGAAACUCCUUCCACAACCAAAUCGGAACAUAUUCGAUCUUACAAGUUCGGGUAUGGUGUAGCGGUAACAUCCAUGACUCUCAUCGCCGUCCAAGACGAGUGA